UGGCCGGCCACUUCUAGCCAGGCUGGGGAGGGCAGGGCAGGGGGGGACCAGUUCUGAGUCUCCCCCAUCAGAGCGUUAUGGAUCUAUUCGACUUUUUCAGGGACUGGGACUUAGAGCAGCAGUGUCACUAUGAGCAAGACCGGAGUGCACUUAAAAGGAAAGAAUGGGAGCGAAGAAAUCAAGAAGUCCAGCAAGAUGAAGAUCUCUUUGCUUCAGGUUUUAAUCUCUUUGGGGAACCCUACAAGACAAAUAAAGGCGAUGCCCUUGCUAACCGUGUCCAAAACACAUUGGGAAACUAUGAUGAAAUGAAGGACUUGUUAACCAACCAUUCUAACCAGAGCCACCUUGUCGGAAUCCCAAAGAAUUCUGUACCACAGACUCCCGUUGACAAAAAUGAACAGAACUUUUUUCCAGAACAGAGAAACAGGAUGAUCCCGUCUCACCAGAUCAGCGGUCACUCGUCAACGUCAAUGCCCCCACCUUCUUCACUGUCAUCAAAUUCUACUUUGCUACACAGUCACCAGAGCAGCAGGAAAUCCAGGACAGAUUGGUCACGUGGUGGUCACAACUCUAAUGGUGCACAGCCAAGCCAACCCAGUAGUCAACAGAGUAGGACAAAGCAUAGCUCUUCACAUGACCAGCCUCAAGGCAGGUACGACGAUCUCUACAGCUGUCAGAGUGAGCAACAUAAAAAUGGAGGCGCUGAGGAAGCAAACCCGGCUGCAUCAUCUUCACAUUCACGGAGGCACAAUCAUUCCAAAUCAACAACUGGAGAACAUUCUUAUAAAGAAAACAGUCAUUCCAAGUCACCUGUAGAACUUGAGUUUGUAGGGCACGGUCCUGGAUCUCCACUUCCUUCUACAUCUUUGUUAUCUGCAAACAAUGGUCUCUCAACCCAGAGUUUCCCACCAGGACUGCACUGUAAAACUAGCAUGGUCCAGCAAAAGCCUACAGCUUACGUAAGGCCUAUGGAUGGUCAGGACCAAGUACCUAAUGACUCACCUGAACUGAAACCUCCAAUAGAAAUUGAGAGUGGAUAUGGAAAUCAAUCAUUUGGAACACUGUUGGAAGGAAAAGCUAAUGCACCCAGUUCUAAGAAUAAAUUACCAAAGCUUACCAUCCCUCAAGCUAGUGAGGUUAGCCUUCCCAAUGACUCCAGCUGUGUGGAAGAAAUAUUGCGGGAGAUGACCCAUUCCUGGCCUCCACCUCUUACUGCUAUUCACACCCCCGGCAAGGCUGAGCAGACCAAGUUUUCCAUCCCAAGCAAGGUGCAGGAUUCCCAGCACCCGACCUCAGGAUACAAUGUACAAAAGUGGAGUGAUCCAGCAGGGAAAUCUGCCACCAAGUCAGUGCCACAAAAGUCAAUGCUUGAAGAUGAUCUAAAACUCAGCAGUGAUGAAGAUGACCACGAACAGGCUGCCGAAAAGACAAAACCUAGAAACAUUCCUGUAAAUGGCCUUCCUUUGCAGACAGCACACGGUGCAGUUUUAGCACAUUCCAGCGGAGGCUCUGGGAGCUCAAGUGAGUCCGAGAGCAGCUCCGAGUCCGAUUCCGACAGCGAAAGCAGUUCCAGUGACAGUGAGUGUAACGAAGAGUCACGCAGCGCAACUCCGGAGCCUGAACCUCCUUCAACAAACAAGUGGCAGCUGGAUAAAUGGCUAAAUAAAGUGAAUCCCCAUAACAAGACCAUUAUCAACAACCAAAAUGAGACUCAUAGUGAGAACAGUUCUCAGUCUCAGAGCAGCCAACAGACUGAAGGACAAAACAAAGGGAAGCUUAAUAACAGUCUGCCCCAGACCGAUUCCAAAGACAGGGCCGUCCUUAGUCCCAUCCGGGAGAAAGCCAAACCACGAGUUGCCCAGAAAACUCCAGAGGCGAAAAGCUCCAAGCAGAAGUCACCAGCUUAUAAUGAGCCAACUUCACAAAGGACUCCUGGGAAAAAGCAACCCAAAAAGGUAGAAAGGACUUCCAGUGUAGAAGAGUAUAACUGGCCCAAACCAAAUAAUACCAGCAACACUCCCAAAGAAAAAGAUACACAGGAACCACCAGAGCAGCCAAAGGUUCGCACAAAAGCAACAGCUGGAAAGACAGCUCCAAGAAAAGAACCACGGACUAGCACGGGACUUGCUUCUGAGAAGAAAAAGUACAGAGGCCCUAGCAAAACUGUCCCUAAAUCCCGUGAAUUUAUUGAAACCGAUUCGUCUACUUCUGAUUCAAACACAGACCAGGAAGAGAGCCUGCAGGCUAAAAUAUUACCAGCUUUCAGUGGGCCUGCCAAUGGCCUCAAAGUAAAAGACUCCAGUAGUAACAUCCUCAGUGUAAGUAGUUUAACUAGCAACAGCAGCAACACAUCAAUAGACCAGACCAGCAAUGAUUUAGAGGAACAACUCUUUUCACCGAUCCCAAUUGUGCAAAAUGAACUUCUGUCCCCACUGAGGGAAUUUGAAGAACUCAAAUCCCUUUGGGUGAAAAUAGAUCUUAGUUUACUCUCUAGAAUACCCGGACAAGACCCUGGUGAGACAGUGAGUGUGAAAACUGAACCGCGAGAGGCAAAUGUGAAACACAGGCGACAAUCUCGAGAGUCCCCCACCGCAGCCGCUGAAAAGCCCGCCACAAAAUCCAAAAGGAAGCACAAGCAGUCCGAAAGCUUGGAUACGUUUGGUGAAACCAAGAAACAGCGUCUGGAGGACACCUCAGCCUCAUGCCUACUUCCACCAUGUAUUUCUCCGAUACCUAAUCACAGAUUAACCAGCACUAAAGACGGGAGUUCAGUUAAAAAGGUGACUAAGAAAAGAGAAGAGAAGUUGUUCCCUCCUCCGUUAUCCCCGCUGCUGGAUGAGCCAGCACACAGGCGGCACAGCAGUGACAACGGCUCCUUCAGCCAAGAGAACAGCGUCACAAACUCCUUGCAGACCGGCAGCGCUUCCUCCUCUUCUAAAUUCGGAAAGAAUGAGAACAAAUCCUCUUCGCACCCCAAAGGAAUCUGUGAGGAGGAAUCUCGCCAUAGACCAACAAACAGUCUCCUUGAUACCAACCAUCUAGAAACAGACAUCUGGUCUACAAUGCCUACACUCUCCAAUGGGAAAUCUGAGUCAAGAAGACCUAAAAUAACAUUUGAUGACAUGCUUCACAAUGCAGACUAUUACAUGCAAGAGGCUAAGAAGCUAAAGCACAAAGCGGACGCACUGUUGGAGAAGUUCGGCAAAGCAGUGAAUUAUGCUGAUGCUGCUCUCUCCUUCAUUGAGUGCGGGAAUGCUAUGGAGCGAGAUCCAUUAGAAGCUAAAUCCCCAUACACCAUGUACUCAGAGACUGUGGAACUCAUCAGGUAUGCAAUGAGACUCAAGAAUUUCACAGGCUCAUCUGCCACAGAAGGAGACAAGAAACUAGCAGUUUUAUGCUACCGAUGCUUAUCACUCCUCUACUUGAGAAUGUUUAAACUAAAGAAAGACCAUGCUAUGAAGUACUCCAGAUCUCUGAUGGAAUAUUUUAAGAACUCUUCAAAAGCCUCCCAGGCCCCCUCUCCUUGGGGAGGCAAUGGAAAGAGCACAGAGACUCCAUCCCCCAUGUCUCUCAGUCCAUCUCCAGUCAGUUCUGUAGGGAGCAGUACAGGCACUGCUGGGUCCUCGUCAGCAGGAACCAUCACCAUCCCCCAGCGCAUCCACCAUAUGGCUGCCAGCCAUGUAAAUAUCACCAACAACGUCUUGCGGAGCUACGAGCACUGGGACAUGGCCGACAAACUGACUAAGGAGAACAAAGAGUUCUUUGUAGACCUGGACUCAGUCAUGGGACCAUUAACACAACACAGCAGUAUGACCAGUCUGGUCCGUUACGUUCGACAAGGACUUCACUGGCUCCGCAUGGAGGCGCAUUUGUUGUAGUGACUGCUGCCCUCUUCAUAACAUCCCCAUCGGUCUACCUCUACCAGCGCACAGACGAUCACUGGUGGAACUCCGCUCAUUUCUGGAACUUGAUUCAUGUAACUUCAUUUUUAUUGCCUUUUUUGAUAUCUUAUCUAUUGGAAGUAGAAGUCACCAUAAAUGGAACUUAUGACUCAAGAGCAGUAUGUGUUGUACCAUCUAAUCAUUUUUGACAAUUUCUAUGCCUUGCGUCUCCUGGAUCCUGCUAUCCUUAUGUGCUUUAUGGAACGGUACAUUCCCUGCAGUAUUGUUUUAAGUCGACACUGCCUUCAAGUGAAAAUAAAAAAAGCACUUUGAGAAGAUAUGGAUUCCUGAGAAAUAGUACAAAACGUCUUAAAUAUAUGAGGGUAUAUACGAAAAUUCUCUUCUGAAAUAAAUUAGCAGAAGUUAUAGCCAUUCACUCAGAAUUGUCCUCUGAACCCAAGCCAAGCUGUUCACUGCUUAGUUCUGGCAUCGUUACCUGCAACUGUUUAUUGCUAAGAUUUCCUACUUUAUAUAGGCCUGAUCUCUAAAAAAGGACUCUGGACAUCUUAUAGGUAUGUAGCGUAAAAUCACCAAAGGUGUUAAGAGAUAAAAGAUUGGGAGGAAUGAUUAAAGAAAGAUGCCACACUACGCAAUGAGGUUUUGAUAUUCUUUUCUGUUUAUUGUUGGCUUAACAGUUUAAGUGGGCAGAACAAGGCAGUUCAUUAGGCAAUUUCAAAAUGUUAGCUUUCAUAGUCUUAGCUACCAUUCAUGUACUCAAUCGGUGAAUUUUCUUUCAGUCCUACUGUUUGGUCUCAAGCAAAUAUUCCUCCAUGAUUUUUCUUGGCAAAACAUUCUCCUCUUGCAUAGCGACUCAGUGACAGCACGUCUUAACAGGAGUGCUACAUUAUAAACAUUGAUAUUGUAUGUGAAAGUAUGGAUUCUUGAUGAUAUUCGCUAGUAAUUUAACUGACUACUGCUGAGGCACUUCUAAUGCCCUGUGGCAUUAAUUUACACCUGUUUUGUUGAUUUCAAAGCUUUAGAAGCAGAUAGCAUUAUCUUACUUUCUUGAAAACAAUGAAAAAUUAAAGGAAAUCACUAGAUUUACCCAAAAGCAACAUAUUUGCUUCAUAAUGGCCAUGAAUACUUCAGUCUCCCUAUUCUCCAAAUUACCCAUUUUCCAAGUUCCAUUUUUAUUUAACCACGCUGUCCUAUUUUGACCAUUCCUUUAACACAUGCAUAAUCAUGAGACAAUUCAGAGAAAAUUUCAAAGCAAUCUUGAAUAAAUGAGACCAUUUCAUUCACUCAUUCUUUUUCUUCUAAGCUGCUCUGCUCUCGUGGCAGCCCUGCAGGAAGCAAUGGUGCAUGAAACAAAACAAAAUGAAUUUAUAUCGGUAAUUCACAAGACUUUAAAUGGCCUCAUAUCAUUCUUGAUGUAAUGCCGGCACACCUUAUCAAACUGUAAAUUUCAUUUAUAUAAACAAAAAAAAAACCCUCCCGGCAAUGUAAAUAUCAUUCUGUGUCACAUCUCACUGAAAUAACACGACAGGUGUAUUAAGUAUCAUCCAGACAUUAUUUAAUUGUAAUUGCCUUUUGAUAUAUAAGCCUGUAUAUCCUUUAAUCGGGCAAGAUAUUAGAUUCUACUCACUGGAUUGUGACCAGGACAAAUUUGCAUUUAAAAGGUUCAGACUGCUAGGUUUUUAAAACAGGCCUUGCACAUUUCCAAUAAGGAUUGUGCCCAAUCCAUAUUUUAAGAUAAACUUCUCUUUUUAAACAAUUGUGUAUUAGCUCCUAUUAAUAAAUACCUUUUAAAAUUCUAUAAGUUCCACAGCAAGGUCUUGUAAAUGUAGCCAGGGUGGGAAGUAUUUCAUUAGAUAAAUCAUGCUGAUAGGGUAGUCUAUAAAGGACAGAACAUACAUAUCCUGGCUUAUUUUCACAUUCCUGUUACUACAGUAAACGUGCCCUUAUCUGUUCUUUGAGGGGUUCAUUAACAUGGCUGAAACAUGAAUCCAAAAGAACUUAUCAUGCUGAUUCUGGCCCCUUUCUCUAAUGAAUAAAACCAGGAUAGCAAGAACCCUCCAUAAACAUAAAAAGAGGGUGAUUUUUCAAACAUGCACCUUUUUUUUAACAAAUGAGCGUAAGUGUUUCUGAUAACUGAAGUAUUAAUAGGUUGGUUGUGACCUAAGUUUUCCAUUCUCUUUGUAAGGCCUCUCUUAUUGGAUUGACUAACUAUUCCGCCUAAUUAAGAACAUUGUUAUCCCUUCUUAUUUUAACGUAGACUGAAAUCCUAGCCUGCCACGGAUUUACGAAGGAUAUAUAUACGUCUUGAAAUACAAUCUUCAGAGACAUGACUGUUCAAAGAGUCAGCUACCCUCCCCGAGUCAGGGUAUUAUCUUUCCCUUGUUGCUUGUAGUAAACAGACGCCUAUCUCAAAAUUUAACAUACAUUCACAUCUCCUUUACCUAGACAGCUUAGAGAGUUGGCCCACCUGAUUUUACCUCCUGUGACUUAGUUUGAAAUGUAUGUUGAAUCAAUGGUACGAUUAUAAUAAGUCCAGCAGUCAAGCCUAGGAUCACAAGCCAACAUACUAUUUAGCGGUCUUGUUUCAAAAGCAGCUUAGAAACAAAUUAAAUAUGGAGAGUGAAUUACCUUCUUAUCCUUGGGGAUGAUGCUUCUUUUGAGUUAGUUAUUAAGGAUUAUUGCACUUUUAUAGGCACUAUAUUCAUCACCUUUCAAAUUGUAACAUGGCAUCUUCAUGGAGUAAUUUUACUCUUGAAAUGAUUAUUUUACGUAGAUUUCAUUGAAUGAAAUUGUUGCUUGUUUUGAAGGGGAAGGAUUUUGAUGUGUGAGGAGGUAUCUGCUUGGGCUUUUUCUCUGUCACGCUGUCAGAAAUGCCAACCUCAGGCAUUCAAAGAUCAUGUGUGAGGCCCCCAAAAUUAUGAGGCUGUCUUCAAAAUCAUGAGGUUUUUUUCACAGCAUAUUUUGUGUUCCUUUUAUUUGUCUUAUCAUUGCUGAGUCUUUAAGCAACACUCAAAUCAUGUUUUCAAGCUUUCCUCCAUAACCAUGAAAACUAGAAAUAUCCUUUUUUUUUAAAUGAAAGCUUGGGAUGCUCAUGCAAUUUCCUGAUACCUGCAGCUGGGUUUUCAGAAAGACACCAAAUAUUGCAAGACUCAUGAUAACAUUGUAAGAGGUGGCCUGUUAAAUGAUGUGUAGAUCAGUAUGCGUAGCACUAUGAUAAAGGGAACACACACGCUAAGGACUAACGUCUAAAAUAUUGGGGAUCCAUCAGCGCAAAAUGACAGUGCAGCAAAGUCCAAAGUGCCUGAGCAAGGUUCUUACACCUUGUUGUGGGCUUCAUUGGUCUUAAAUGGUGUGUAUGGCCUUGUACCUACUCUGAGAACAGUAUGUAUCUCCAGCCACAUGAUGUUUAAUAAGGAACUGAGGUCCAUAGAAGUAGAUGUUCUUGAGAGGAAAGCUUAGGAGAGCUACCAUAUGCCUCAUAUGGUCCCAUCAGUUGCUAGCCUGAAAUAUAGGGCUAGCUUUUUCUAGGGCACUUCUCACUCAAGAAAACUUCCUUUGCAAGUAGGGAAAGUAUGGACCCGAUUACAAAUUGCAGGAUUUGGUCCACUGUUCAUACUUUUUUAGCUUUGCUUAUUUAAAUUUAAAAAAAAAAAUUAAUCUGGAUUUUUAUUUUUUUCUAGUUGAGCUUGUCAUUUUGUUGCUAGCAUUUGGUGGCAUCCUUCCAGGCAUGUUUCUCAGAGUUGAAUUUUGCCCUCUUCUUGUUGUUGCAUGGCCUUUGGACUCUUGAUCACUUAAUAAGCUCAGUGUGUAAAUACUGAUUGUUUUAUUUAUAGAUGACCUCAUUGGAAAGAUAGGGGAGGUCUGUUGUCUUUAAAAAGACUCAAGGUCAAGGGCUUUGGUUCCUUCUUAUGAAACAAAAUGAUCGGCAUCCUAGUUUAGUACAUAAAAUGCUAACUCUGAACCUUUAGCUAGAAUUAAUUUCUGGGAUGCUUCUAAAUUAUUCUUCCCUAAAAACUUUUUGACCAACUUUUAGCUACUUUGAUGGAAAUAUUUUUGUCAUGUUGUUUUUGUGGGUAUUUAAUUCUAUUUUUUUUUAACAAAUUAUUAUUUCAGGGAAAGCAAGCUUAAAAGGCUGAAAGGCUCAGUUGCAACAAUGGGACCUUUUAAUAAAUGUUUGGAGAUGUAAGAAAAGUUCGAUUACAAGGAAGUGAGCAGUGAGCUUCCUGGAUGACGCAUUACUUUUAUGUGGUAGUGGGGAUAUUAAUGUGUCCCUCUGUAGAAAAGGGCCCUUACUCCCAGUCAGAUAAUGUGCACCAUUCUCUUGUCCCAAGCAAACUGAAGUACAGUAGAAAGCAAUGGCAUCUGCAUGGGCUUGAUCCUGCACUCAUUGAAAUCAAUGGCAAAGCUCCCAUUGACUUUCAUAGUGCAGGAUCAGGUCUUAUAUGCAUAUUCCAUCAACAUACCAUAGGGAGUAUUUGCUGUGCUUGCUCAGACCAUCGGGCCAUCCAGUAUCCUUCCUCGAGCAGUGACCAGGGCCUGACACGUCUGAGGAAGGCAAAAAAAGUCUCAAUACACCCAUAAUACUGCACAUUAAACAUAUUGUGUGCGUAUCAUCUUGCUGUGCAGGCCCCACCCACUGAGGUGCUGUUAUAGAACAUGAAAGGGCCUUUGAAUUGCUAGAAAGUCUGCCUAAUAAUAUUGUAUUUCGGUGGGCAUUUUGGAGAAGGAAAGAUUGCAAGAAAGUUUUAAAAAUAAGGGCCACUCCACCAUCCUUAUGCUCCUUGCACCAUUUGCACGUUUUACUUUAUGUAGCAUUUAAUGGUCAAAUGUGUGCCCUCUAGAGGUGAUUUUUAUAAAGGCAAAUAAAUAAGAUAAAUCAUGUUAGUACUGGAAGGGGUCCAUUUCUUGACCUCCUACACUUCCGUAACAGAAAACCUGGUUUUGUCCAGUUUUUGUACAGUGUCUAGCACAAUUGGGGUCCUGGUCCUUGACUGAGGUUCCUAGGCACUAUGAUAAUACAAAUAAUAAAUAAGAAGACCCAUAGACACAUAAACAUAUCCAGGCAUUUUGUAUUGUCUAAUAAUAUAUAGGCUAAGUGCUCAGAGCAACCAAUGUUUUCCCCUGGUUAAAGUUCAGUUAUAGUCAUGUUUCUGGGGUCUGUUACACAGCCUGUCUCCAAGUUUUACUCUCGACAGCUUUAUUUAGCUAGCACUUUUCAAAGCGGUUUGAUUUAUUUUGGGGGAGGUCUUCAGAUAACAACAUGCCUGAUUCUCAUCUCGCACCAGUUUAAAUCCAUUGAAGACAAAGGGCCUGAUUUGGCUCUCACGCAGCAUGUGACGCAACAGGUUUACACUGGCAGAAAUGAGCGCCGUUUCAAACAAAAGGAGUUAUGGACUAAACCUGGUUCUAGAUGAGAACCUUACUGUGUCAGAAGAUAGUUUAUGAGAAAUACCAUGAAGAUGACUUGUCCUUGGAAUCAGAGGAUCCAUAGAAAUAUGUAUGGCAGCUCUGUUACAUGUUCCUCAUGGUAGAAAUGUGAAGCACUGUUUAAUUAAAUUGGAAACCUACUGAAGAAGGGGUGACUUCAUGAGUGUGACUUUCUGAAUUUGACCUGUUUGUACAUCCUUGAAAAGGGGAUUUAUUAUUAUUGCUAUGCCUGAUGAAACAUGUUGGCUGUGAUAUUAUGUCAUGAGAAGGCCUUGUGCACCACAAGCUGGUCUGAUGAAUUAACCUGCCUUGCUGUGUGGCUCCGUGACACAGUGCACUAACACUGUCAUUACAGUCACUUUCUUGUAGCAAGGUCAUUUUUUCCCCCACAGAACUUCACCAAGGACUGAAUCCAGGGACCCAGAAACCAGCCCACAUAGCAGUCUGUGGCCUGGGUACCUCUGGCAUAGGUAGAUGAAGAAGCCCCACCCCCAGCCUCACCCCUCCCCCAGACUAUGGAGCAGCUGCAGAUGAUGAGGGUACUUGAACCUCCUGCCUCAUGGGGUCCCAGAGCUCAGGCUCUGAUUCUCUACAUCUACACUGCAGCUUUACAGCCCCACAGCCGUAGCCAGAUCCUGCUUGCCUCACACUGGGUCCCAUUAAUUUCAGUGAUAUUAACCAAUGAGCAAGAUGAGCAAGAUUUGUGUGUGAACCAGUUUGGGUCUUUAAAUCUACUUCACUGUAAUCUGAGUUCCACUAUAUGCAAAUUCCCUCUACUUCCCAUAUUGGGCUUAAUUCUACUCGCCAUAGCAACAGUUUGCACUGGUGGAACUUCAUUGACCUAAAUGGAGUUACUCCUGAUUUAGAGCCGUAUCAGUCAGAGAAUCAGGCUCCUAAAUGAGUUUCAUUAUAAAAAAUACUUAGGGAAAUGUUACUAAUAAUUUAGGGCUAAAAGCCACAUUACAUACUGGGGGCCAAAUGGUUCUCUGACCAACACCAGUGGCAUCUAGAGCAACUCAAAUGACUUCAGUGGAAUUCACUGGUUCAAAUUCUGUUCUUAUUUUACACUUAAUAAUGGAGUGAUUGAGAUCAACAUUGGGCUCAUUGUACCAGACCCUCAACUAGUUUAAAUCAGUUACUUCAGCGGCAGAGCUUCUAUAUCGUGAUGCCAACUUUUCCCAACCUAGCACUACAAAUUUCCCAAAUCUGGGGAAAAAUUCCCAGAGAAAGUUUUUUACAGUGCUUCUAUAUCCUGGGAAAUUGCCCCAAACCUGGGAAUUUAUGAGUAAAAUGUUUCAAAUUGGGAAUUUUCAUUCAAACAUUUUACUCAAAAAUUCCCAGAUUUGGGGAAAUUUCCCAGGCUGUAGAAGGACUGUGAAUCAGCGGAGCUACCACCAAUUUUCACUAUACCUUAGGAUCUGACGCACUGAGUUCACUUUGGUUCCUCUGGAUUUACACUGGUGGAUCUGUAAGGAGACUUGAUCUGCGACCAGCCCAUAAAUUUAUUCAGCCCCUACUUAGGUCAAAGAACUUUGACUUCAGUAGGAUAUAAGUUCUAGGUAGAUCAGCAGGGAUUUGACCUACUGGCAGGAUGCAUUUACUCCAAAAUUUUUCAAUGAACUGACUAGCUGGCAACAGCAAACACUUUCUGUUGUUCAUGAUAAACCAGAAUACAAGAUCCUCACCUGAUCUAAGUUGGUGCAGCUCUAUUGACUUCAAUGGAGCUAUUCCAAUAUACACAGGCUGAGUAUUUGGCCCAUAAACCCAAAUCUUUUUUUAUUUUUGGCCAACAUAUCUCUGUGCAGGUUAACUCCUAAAGCUUUAUCAUCACGCUUCUUGUUUAUUGACCAUGCCAAUGAAGCGAUUGUGUUUUGUCUGUAAGGAAAUGGACUUGGCAAAGCAAUGAAAUCUAGAGUACUUUGUAAAGCUGCAUUAGGCCACACAGUCUGGAAGAAGUCUCAUCCAAACCGAGAAUAACUCAACAGCUAGGGCCGUACUACAUUUUGUCUGAUGUCGUUACAGUUUUCACUCUGCGCGUCCCCCGCUGAUUUUUACAUGGGAAGUGAACAACAAUUGUAGGUUUCUGAAAAUCAUCAGCCACAUCCCCAGAUGCCUUCCGUCCAGGUAGCUGCAUUGAUGGCAAAACUGAUUUACACAGCCUGAACAGGGCCUGUCUAGUUGUACAGCCUGUGCUGUAUGAACAAAGUGCAGCUUUACAAAUAUAUACACAAGCUGUUAAACUAUUUUGAGCAUCCGAUAAUCGCUGCUAAAAGAAUAGGAGGUGAAUUUCUGCCUGCAGUCUAGUCCUGCAGAGUGUUUUGUUUUGAGCUAAAAUGCAAGAUGCAAUUUCAUUACCCCUCACUUUAAAUAUUUACUGGCAUCAGCAUUAGCUUACAUAGAAAAAUGGCAAAUACAUUCAGAUGUCUCAGAAAUCCUCGCAGUAUAAAGAUGGAAUCUGUUACUCCUGCUCAAAGGCAUUGCAGAGGGUUGAAGUGCAUUUUCUAAGCCAAAUGAGUUUUGUAUAGUUAAAAAUGAUUGAAAAUAUGUAUGAAGGGCCUGAUUCUGCAAUUCUUACUUAUACUGAGCACUUUAAUCCACAAUUAGUUCCAAUUACAUCAGUGGAGCUAACUACAAGCAGACUAAAUUACUGCUCAGCAUUAGGAUGGCAGAAUUAGGCCCUAAAUAAGUUACUCGGAUGCAAUCAGGAGUUUAAUUUUAGCCAUAUAUGUCAUGUGAGGACACGCAUAAACUCGAUGUCCAUUUUAUCCAAACUGACAGUCCCAGUAAUUCCACAGACUAUUGUAUAUUUUAUUCCUUCAUGUAUUUUUGUGGCAUCUCUGGAUUGCAUAUCUUCUACUGAAUCUGAAAUACUCUUUUAAGAAAAAAAAAAUCAAUGUUCAUGAGGCCUAGGACAUAUCAUUGCAAAGUUUGAAAACAGAUUUAAAGAUCUGGUUAGUUUUGUUUUAACUAUAAGCCAUUUUUUGGGUUGUGUUUUGACUUUAGCUGUAGCAAUCCCACGCCCAUUGUUUUUAAAAUGGUACAGUUCAGAUUAAGUUUUCUGGUUGCUGAAAAACUGAAUAAAAUGACUAAAGUAUGGGAAAAGUAAUAAUGGCAAACUAAAGGGAUGUUUGUUCUUUCUACGUGUCUUGUUUUUUACCUGCUAGUGUUGGGAUUAGUCUAGAAAAAUGUGUGAUUUUUCACCUCCAUCUCUGACUAUUGUGGCAAAACGCUCAAAUUUGUCUUUUGUGUUUGUUGGGGUUUUUUUGUUUGUUUUGGGUGGGAUUUUUUUGUAUGUGUAGAAGUAACCAAAAUAUCAGGAACAUUUAUAUACCCUCUGUUCUGGUUACUGGCCAUUAUGACAUCAUGGAGACCUCUUGGUCUUCCUACCAAAGUCAGAUUUAACUUCUACCUUGAUGUUCUUCUCAAUUAGCCAUUGAAAUUAGAUUGUAAUUUACUAAAUACCCCUUUAGCUUGCAUUCUUACUUUUGAUUUACUAUUGAACUAGCCUUUUUUGUGUAUGUGCAAAUAUCAUAUCCAUAAUCCCUGCAAUCCCACAAGGUGUCUUUGUUCUCAACAAGCAUGUUAUUCUUGUAAAGUUUUACGUAUAAGUUAAGAUGUUUUGUACAGACCAAGGUAACUGUUAAAAUGUCAAGCAAUUACUGAAAUGUUGUAUAGUUAUAAAGGUUUGAUUUCUUUUGCUUUAUAUGUAUAAAAUUGUAUCCUGCCUGUUUUGCUUUGUAUUUCCAAUGUGUUGCACAAUUAUGCAUUUUGUUUACAUUUUGUUCCUUCUUAAAUAACAGUAAUACUUUAUGUACAAACAUUUUAAAUGUACUUUUGUUGUUUUUAAACACAAUGUCUCUAUAUAAAUAAUAUUGGUUGAACUGGUACAUUUGUGUCUCUCAUAGAGGGGUUAAUUAUACUGCCAGUGCAUUGAAUUAUUUAAAAAAAACAGUAAAAUAAAAUUUUUAUGAAAAUGUAA